AUGGCCAAAUUCUCCGUCUCACCAGCGACCCUGUCGCCCAUCCGAACAACGCUCUCAACAUCAUCAUAUUCACCAAGCCGCUUCUCCCUCGGCCAAGUCCGUCAUGCAACCUUUAUUCCCCGACCUCGCCGACCCUACACAUUCACCCAGCUCGUCACGCUGUCAGAUGGCUCCUCAUACACCAUGCGAACCACCUCACCAUUACCCAUCUACCGCGCCGCCAAGGACACACGCAACACACUACUGUGGCAGCCAUCCGAGAAGUCACUCAAGAACGUCGAGCUCGACGAGGCCGGUAGAUUGGCCGCUUUCCGAGAGCGCUACGGCCGUGCCUACGAUGCUUCUAGCGCUGAGGAGGGUGGAGAGACUGCUGAGGCUGGCGAGGAUGCGGAUGGAAGUUACGCGGAUCUUAUCACUGGAUAUGCGCCUGCACAAGAUGCCAACACUAUGAGAGAUUCAGGUCCUAAGAAGCAGGCCAAGAAGAGAAAGUAA